UGCGCAUGCGCAGGGCUGGGAAAGGGGAAGUUGUUUGUGGCGUCAUUUCCGGUUCCGACAGAGGCGCGCGCGAGCCACGCGUGGAGAGAGCGGCGCGAUGAGGCCGGGUUUCAGCCCCCGGGGAGGACGCGGCGGCUUCCGAGGCAGAGGUUCCGGUUUCUCUCCCCGCGGAGGGGGCGUGGCCCGCGGAGGGGGCGUGGCCCGAGGAGGGGGCGGAGCCAGAGGUGGAGGCGGAGCCAGAGGCGGACCCCGAGGGCGUGGUCGAGGCCGAGGGGGCGGGGCCAGGGGCGGAGCCCGCGGCGGCUUCAAAGGCGGGAAAAAAGUGACGGUGGAGCCGCACCGGCAUGAGGGUGUGUUCAUCUGCCGGGGCCGCGAGGACGCGCUGGUGACGCGGAACCUGGUGCCGGGCGAGUCGGUGUACGGCGAGAAACGCAUCAGUGUCGAGGAGGGCGAGGCCUCGGUGGAGUACCGCGCCUGGAACCCGUUCCGCUCCAAGCUCGCCGCCGCCAUCUUGGGGGGCAUCGACCGCAUCCACAUCCGGCCAGGUGCCAAGGUGCUGUACCUGGGCGCCGCCUCGGGCACCACCGUCAGCCACGUCUCCGACAUCGUGGGGCAGGAGGGCGUGGUCUACGCCGUGGAGUUCUCGCACCGCUCGGGCCGGGACCUGCUCAACGUGGCCAAGAAGAGAACGAACGUGGUGCCGGUGAUCGAGGACGCGCGGCACCCCCACAAGUACCGCAUGCUGAUUGGCAUGGUGGACGUGAUCUUCGCGGACGUGGCGCAGCCGGACCAGACGCGCAUCGUGGCGCUGAACGCGCAUCACUUCCUGCGCUGCGGGGGGCACUUCCUCAUCUCCAUCAAGGCGAACUGCAUCGACUCGACGGCGCCGGCCGAGGCGGUGUUCGCGGGCGAGGUGAGGAAGAUGACGGCCGAGAGGAUGAAGCCGCAGGAGCAGCUGACCCUGGAGCCCUACGAGAGGGACCACGCCGUGGUGGUCGGCGUCUACCGGCCCCCCCCCAAGGAGAAAUGACGUCAUCGCACCUCCAGCCCGCCAGGGGGCGCCAGCAGCGGGGGCGUGGCCUAACCCGGAAGUCAGCGGCGCCGUUCAGAUGUGGGCGUGGUCGAUCGCGGAAGUGGGCGUGGCCAAGCCCGGAAGUGGCUGCGGGGUUCGGGGUGGGGGAGGGGCCCGGGGGGGUUUUGUUAAAUAAAGGAAAAUUGAUUAAU